AUGCAGAACGAAAACCUUACCUCUGAUGGCCUCACCGCCGGCGACAAGUCCUUUACCACUUCUACAUCACCACAUUUCUCUGGCAAUCCAUUCCUUUCCCCUACAUUUCGUGACCAAAUCGAGUAUUCGACCGACUUCAAUACCUCCUAUUUCCCGCCAAACUCGAGCUCUCUUUCAUUCUCGCCGUCAGAUUCCUCCGUCGAAGGCGAAGCCACCAAUGCAAUCGCAACCGAAAACCGCCUCUACGAAGCCAGGUUCAUCCUCGAGUACCAACAGCUAUACAACCGCUACGCACUCUGUCUUGCUCACCUCCAGAAAUCACUCAAAGAAGUCGAUGCUCUCCGUCAAGAGAAUGAUACUCUCCGACUCGCCAACACAGACUUAGUCCGCCGCUUAAGCCUCCUCUCUCAGGCCACCAUAAAAAACUGUCUUCUCUCCUCCGGUCAUCAACCUCUCUCCAUCGUCAACGACUUCAAUCGACUUAACAUCGGAGACGAGUCACGUGGAAGUCGCGCGGUCGUAGAAACUUCGAAGCAUAUCAGUCCGACGAGAGUGAUCGAAAACAACAACCAAUUCGAGAGGAGGAAUCCUGAGAGCGUGCCCUUGCCGAAAAGCAUUUCGGUUCGCUCAAGCGGUUAUUUGAAGAUGAUACAAAAUGCAGCAAACAAUAGAGGCCCAAGUCGUCCCCGAGUCACAAGUUCAUCCUCUCUAAGCUCGCAGAGAGUCCAUGUGCCAGGGGUAAAGAAACAAGCAGAGGCACUGGAAUUUGAUGUAUACAACCAGGGAAUGUUCAAGACGGAGUUGUGUAACAAGUGGCAGGAGACUGGUGAGUGUCCAUAUGGGGACCAGUGCCGGUUCGCACAUGGUAUCACGGAGCUCCGACCCGUGAUAAGGCACCCACGCUACAAGACUGAGGUCUGCCGGAUGGUUCUCGCCGGCGACAUCUGCCCGUACGGACACCGCUGCCACUUUCGCCAUUCUCUCACUGAUCAGGAGAGACUCUUUCGUACCUUAUUCUAG